ACGUGGCGCCGCCGAGAAGGCUGGCGGGAAGGCAGAGGGGCCCGGCCCGGCCGCGGUCACCGGUACGGCCUCUUGUCCUCGUCCUGAAGCCGGUCACGGCCUCUUGUCCUCGUCCUGAAGCCGGUCUUCAAAGAGAAGAGGUGACCCGAGGCCCCUUCGGAAGGGUGGCGAAGGUGCUGUGACUUUAUGAGCCCUUCAGUUUAUUACACUGCCCUGAGCUGGGUUUUAAUAUAUAUCCCCCCCCCCAUUCCCUGUGAUCUGGAUUCUUCAUCCCAUAAAUACAAAUUCUGCCUUCUGCGCGGCACCUGCCUGCUCACCGCCUUCUGGAUUCGACGCUGUGACAUGGAUGUUCUUCAGCCACUCCUUGCUUUUAAGUUUUUUGUCGGUCUCCUCAUCUUUGCCUGGUGGCCUUCUGUACUCUUGCAUUGCCAUCCAUGAAAAGCCAUCGCAUAACGUUUGCUCGCCUUCAAAAAUGAGCUGUAACGCAUUAUUUCUUUUAGGCAUGCUUUUUUUUCUAGGGAGCGUAUUCUAAAGCAACUCUGAAAACAAAAAGCAUCCGCUGAUGUUUUGGAAGCUGCAGAGCAACUUCUGGAUUCUGACAACUGUAAAAGCAAGGACCAGUUUUUCACUCCAGUGAACUUUGCCUUGCAAGGGAUGAUGUUGUCCCUGAGACUUGCAGCCCCUGGAACAUUGUUUUGCAUCUUUAAAGAGAAGUUCUUCUGUCAGUGAUGAACAUGUAGUCACCUCUGUCAGCCAGUGCCUGAAAAGUUUUUAAGGGCAGUGAACAUGAAUGCAAAAAGGAACAGUAAACCUUCUGCUCUCCAUUUGUGCCUUUACAACCCACCAGAGGCAUGAAUCGGUUUCCAAAACUAGUUCCUACUUCUGCUUAUUUGACACUAAUUCUCAUUUUUCUCCCCUCAGCCUAGAUGGUAUACUUUAUGGCUAAAGCUGCGCAUGUUUUUAUUCAAUACUGAGGAGCAAAGAUCAAAUUCGUCACCGCUGUCUCAGAGGGGUUUUCAGUUCGCAGGCAGGCGCAACUGGGAUGCAGCAAAAGACUUGCAGAGAUACAGACAUCAUUACCCGGGUUUGAUAGAAUCAGAAAAUGAGGAGGAAGAAGAGAUGUGGAACUUAAGCUUUUACAAAAAUGAGAUUUGUUUUUUGCCCCGGGGUUUGCACAUUGAAACUCUGCUUGAAUCUUGGUGGGACAACUAUGAAGUUCUGGAAGAAAACCAUUCCUACAUACAGUGGCUGUUCCCUUUACGUGAAUAUGGGAUGAACUGGCGUGCCAAACCACUCACGUGUCAAGAAAUCCAGGCUUUUAAGAAGUCCGAGGAAGUCAUGCAGAGGUUUAUACGUGCUUAUCAGCUCAUGCUGAGGUUUUAUGGAAUCAUUCUGAUCAACGAGAAAACUGGAGAACUCAAGAGAGCAGAGAAUUGGGCUGAACGAUUUCAAAACUUGAACCGGUUUAGCCACAACAAUUUGCGGAUCACGCGCAUCCUGAAGUGCCUGGGGGAGAUGGGAUACGAACAUUAUCAAGUGCACUUGGUAAAGUUUUUCCUAAGAGAAACUCUUGUUAAGGAGACGUUACCAAAUGUCAAGAGAAGUGCCUUGGAUUACUUCCUGUUCACCAUCAGAAGCAAACGGAAGAGAAGAGAACUGGUCCACUAUGCUUGGCAACACUUCAAACCUCGAGGCAGCUUUGUAUGGGGACCACAAGACAAACUCUUGAAGUACAGAGCACGCUCUGCCAGGUCACAGCUGCAUAAAAAGGCUGAAGAUAAACAGGAAACUCCUGGUAAAAAAUGUGAUGAUUCUGUGGAAAAGGAUCAGAACCGGUCUCUAGAGGAAGAACAGAAAGCUGGAGAAGCUGCAGACUUGCAGCCCAAAGCUGAUGAUGAAGCUGUAAAAGAGAAGUUAAGUGAAUGCGUUUUGAAGGGAGGGGAUGGUGAAGAGGAGAAAGAGGUUUCACUUACCCAGCAGGAGGAGAAGGAUUUAAACAGUGAGGCUGAAGAAGGGCAGGGUACAGCAGAGAAUGACUGCACAAAGGAGAGCAAGAAGAGAAAACUGGAUGCAAACAUGGCAGAUGCUAAAAAGAGUGGACCAUUGAAAAGCCCUACUGAUAUUGAAAACAUUUCCCGUAAUCUGGGAGAAUGUGCAAUUGCUGCAGAAAUCCCCUCCUCAGUUCCACUGUUGCAGGCAGAAGAGGAACAAGAAACACUGAAAGAAGAUGAUGCAAGCAUCAAAGACUCAACAGUGCCAGAGACAGCUGAUGCAGCUGUAAAACGGCGAAAAGUUGAUAAAAGAACAUCGAGAAGUAAAACGUUCAACUUGGCCAUAAACCUGAACAUGGGGCCCUCUGCCUCCGGUGCCAAGUUAAAUCCAUCUGUUGCAAACACUGAGCCUGAAAAAGGAAAUGUCAGUGAGAAAAAUGCAACUGUGGAAGCGACAAGUGAGGAGGGGGGGGAUGGGGGCGGUGUAAAUGGUGGGGCUGUGAGACCCCCGGUUGAUUCCAGGCUCCCCAAGGCUGGCUGGACUUCUCCAGUAAGUGAUGGCUUGGAGUUGAGUGGAGAUCAAGUCACAGCAAGGAGUGAUCAGCACCACUGCAACAGCAUGCUUGCGGGAGGCAAAAGUGAGGUAGAUGGGGUAGAACAACAUAAAAAGGCAGAAAAUGCAAAUGAAGAAGGGCAGGCAGAAGCCACAGGCAAGAAACAAGUUCCAGAGAGUCUUGAGCAGAGCGUGGCAUCCACUUGUCCUGAAGAAGACAAUGCUGAGCUUGCAGCACAAAAACCUGACAGCUCUGAGCGUGCAGUGGAAGCUGGUGAGGAGCAGGUAGCAGCAGAGUGAGACCAGCCCAGCAGGCACUCGAGCAAGAGGAGGUGGCACUGCCCUCACUGCUAGGAGCCAGCUUUUUAGUGGUUUGGAUAGCAGAAGAACACACGGAAGAAUAAACUUCCUUUGGGCCGAUCCAGGCUAGACCCUGCCUUUCACCCUUCCACAAUAGUCUGUAGUAACUUCACUGAAAUCCAGUGCUUGGUUACCCUAGGGAGGAAAACUCUGUAGUCCUCUUCACCGACAGGCUGUGUCCUGUUUCUGUUUUUUAUCUGAUAUUCAGGACUAUCUUGGAGUAACAGGGAUUUUUGCACUUUGCCUUGGUUCUGGUAUGUCCCUUCUUAAAGAGAAGAGGGAAAACUAAUCUGUUUCCUUGUUUGAACUAAUCAAGUAUUUAUUAAAUACAUGAUUUUUAAUGUAUGACAGCAUGAUCUAAUUUGCCAGGCCUUUCUAUUAUCAUGUAACUGCUAUUUGUUAUUCUGAAAGGCUGUACCUUCCCAGGAGAUUUAUCCCUGGCAAAGAUGCCGUGUGUCUGCUUCCUAGGGUGUAAAUAAUUAUUUUUGUGGUGUUUGCCUGAGAGAGAUGAGUAUAUGCAUUUUGCUCCAUGUAAGACUGUGGUUGCCUCUCCUAUAAAGUAGAUUUGACUUUAGUCUGGGAUAAAAUGCAUCGUCAAAACAUAUCUCUGCCCAGUAUUAACCUUUGCGUACAGAUCCUGUUCUCUAGGGUGUGAAGUCCUGAUUAAUUUGUUCUAUUUAUCCCCCGCAGAAGUUGCUUUGUAGUGCUUGUUAGAAUCAAGAGUAUGAAUUGUCUACGGGUUUCUAAGAGAAAAACCUUCAGACUCUGUGUAAAGCUGUCUGGAGCUCUUCUUCCCCAGGUUUUUCUACCAUUUUCAGACCCUUGAUAGUCUUCCACAGAUAUUUCUGUCCACUACUACUUCAGUUCUCUCCUCAACUGCCAGAACAGAACAAAUAUUUGUCAUUGCAUCUUUUCAGGCUCUGCCGUUAAUUUACAACUGUAAAUCACAGCUGCGGGGCUGUCUUUUCUGCAAGGCCCAUUGCAUGAAGUUAGAUGUGUCAGAUUUAACCCACUCCUUAGUUAGGGCAGGAUUGUUUUACCGUUAAUGGCCAGCAUGUCAGACAGUUGUGAGUGCAACGUGUCUGGAAACCACUGGGUUUUGUGGGGCAAUUAAUUGAAACUUUAAUUGGAGGGGGUACGCUUGUCUGGUUCAUUUAUUUACAGUCCUCAAGAAUUUACUUUCAGACCUUGCCAGCUAUUUGCCUGCCUUAAUACUCCUGACCUCCCUGUUAGCUAUUCUGCCUGACUUGCACGGUAUUCAUCCAAGGCUGAAGGAGCAUUAAACGAUUUAGCACUUGCGCUCCUGGAGAUUUACAACAGAGGACCUGUGCCAUGCAGCAGAGGAAGCAGUUUCCAACAGCCAGAAGGUCUGGACUUGCUGUUUUCUCAGAUUGGUUUUUUAGUUUUGGGGUUUUUUAGGUGCUGUUUGAUUUGUGUAGGAGGUGGCUAGAGGUUUGCCCACUUUGCCAGAGAGCAGAUGCGGUAGCCUGUGCAAUGUUGAUGUUUUUCCUCUCUCUGCUACAGCUCUUAAGAAGCUUCGUCUUUCAAGGAAUUUGAUCCAUGACUUGCCUUCCCAGACCUUAGGUCCUGAUCCAGCAUGCCACAUACAUGUGGGUGGGAAUAAAAGUCUGCAAGCUUAACACGUAAUGUUCAUGGUCACACACGUGCUGGAAAAAGGCUUUUAUGGUUUUAAAAUACUACUUUUUUUUUUUUUCUUAUGAACAAAUGGAGUCAAAUAGCCAGUAAGAAUACACUUAACUACAGAUAUAAAUACUUGAAGAUGUUGAGUGAAAAUUCUUUCAUAAAAGAUUCAUAAGAAGUUGUUAAUCGUGGCUUUUGUACAGAUUUAUAGUAAUUUUCUUAUUUAAUGAAGUUUUCAUUGUGAAUAUGUGCUCGGUUGGGGCAUAGAUCAUGUAUCUUGUUAUGGUGAUGUAUGGUUUGUUUUUGUGUUUAAUGGGAUUUCACUGUGAGCCCCUAGGCUGGAAUGCUCAAACCAAAACCAUUCCUUUUAUGAGUAAUUUUAGAGUUUCGGCCGUAGGUGUUUGCAGUGAGUUCACAAGAGGUUUUCCAGCACUCAGAGCUGUAUCACAGAGUCUGUUACUUUAAUGUCACCUAUUAAAGCAUGACUUUAAUCCA